AUGGAAGUGAAAAAUUACAAUGGAUGGAGAUUCUGUCCAAGAUGCAAGAAUCUACUCAAACCAUAUCAUGAUGGAGUAGUUACUGAAAUCUUGCAAUUCAAAUGUAGAAAUCAGGAUUGUGGAGAUAAUGGAAUAAUUGAAGUCAAAAUUGAUAAGACAUUAAAUAAAGAUGCUCUUUUACUCAAAAAGGAUUAUCAAGCAGCAAAAGCUAUCGAUAUUACUGAUAAUACACUUAUUCUUGAUCCAUCAAUGCCAAGAAAGAGAGUUAUCUGUAACAAGUAAAAUUUAUUAAUAUUAUUUAGAUGCAAUUAUGAUGAAGCCAUCUAUUUCCUUAAAACUGAUAAAAAUGAAAAGGAAAUCAUUAUUCAAUACAUUUGCGCCAAUAAAACUCCUAUCUGUGGAAAUAAGUGGACGUAAUUUUAUUAAUUAUCAUUAAUUUAGUUAAAAGGAAAUGAAUGAGCCAAAAUUAACUUUAUAAUGA